GGAAACGCAGUAAGGAGCCCGCAGAAAGUCCUGGAGCACAGGGUGACUCAUGGGAGGAGUUAGUUCAGCUUGCUAAGUACUGUCAUUUGCUGAGUGCAGGUGUGUGCGCAAGAAGGAGUUGUAACCUGGAGGAUCAUUAACUCUUUCAGUCAGCUGGCAACUCCAGUGGCUCGGCAAAUUCCUCCUGGAAGCGCCUGCUCUGGGAAGGUCAGGGAGGAGGAGUGGAAGCACUUGUCCAUGGGGGACCACUUUGAGAAGGGCCAGCAUGCUUUGCUCAACGAAGGAGAAGAGAAUGAGAUGGAGAUAUUCGGCUACCAGACUCACAGCUGCCGGAAAACCCUCUGCCUUGCUGGAUCCAUCUUCUCAUUUGGGAUCCUCCCCUUGGUGUUUUAUUGGAAACCUGCUUGGCAUGUGUGGGCAAAUUGUGUCCCGUGCUCCUUGCAAGAAGCAGACAUCGUGUUGCUAAGGACAACAGAUGAAUUCCAAACCUAUUCUCGGAAAAAGGUAAUGUGGAUCUACCUGUCAGCAUUAAACAGCGCAUUUGGUCUCACUCCUGACCAACCUCUCAUUACAGAUGAGGAGUGUCUCAUAAAUAGAGCUAUAAGAAAGCCAGAACUAAAGGUGAGAUACAUAAAAGUGCAGAAAAUAAGAUAUGUUUGGAACAACUUAGAAGGACAGUUCCAGAAAAUUGGCUCUUUGGAAGACUGGCUCAGUUCUGCCAAGAUACAUCUAAAAUUUGGAUCAGGUCUAACAAGAGAAGAACAAGAGAUUAGGAGAUUAAUAUGUGGGCCUAAUACUAUUGAUGUUGAAAUCACACCAAUUUGGAAACUGCUCAUCAAAGAGCAAUCUGUAAAACUCUACCGUCUAGUUGAAUCACAUAAUAGCAUUACAGUUCCUGUAUGUGGGAGAAAAGCUGGAGUCGAAGAGCUGGAAUCACGCUUUCUCGUCCCCGGAGAUCUAUUAAUUUUGACAGGGAACAGAGUGCAAAUGCCAUGUGAUGCCAUUCUGCUUGAUGGCAGCUGUGUGGUGAAUGAAGGCAUGCUGACAGGAGAAAGUAUCCCAGUCACUAAGACUCCAUUACCUCAGAUGGAUGGCUCUGUGCCCUGGAAAACACAGAGUGAAGCGGAUUACAAACGGCACAUCCUCUUCUGUGGCACAGAGGUUAUCCAGGCCAAGGGCGCUUGCUCCAGGACUGUGAGAGCCGUGGUACUACAGACUGGAUUCAACACUGCAAAGGGGGACCUUGUGAGAUCCAUCUUGUAUCCCAAGCCGAUGAACUUCAAGCUCUACAGGGAUGCCAUCAGGUUCCUCCUAUGCCUCGUAGUGACCGCCACCAUUGGGAUGAUCUAUACUUUAUGUGUCUACGUGCUCAGCGGGGAAGCUCCCGGUGAGGUGGUGAGGAAAGCCCUGGAUGUCAUCACAAUUGCAGUUCCUCCUGCUUUACCUGCCGCCCUGACCACGGGCAUUAUCUAUGCCCAGAAGAGGCUAAAGAAGAGAGGCAUCUUUUGCAUCAGUCCCCAGAGGAUCAAUGUAUGUGGGCAAUUAAACCUUGUCUGCUUUGACAAGACAGGCACCUUGACAAGGGAGGGCUUGGAUGUCUGGGGAGUCAUGCCCUGCGAUAAGAACGGCUUCCAGGAGGUCCACAGCUUUGCCUCGGGCAGGGCUUUGCCAUGGGGCCCACUGUGUGCAGCCAUGGCCAGCUGCCACUCUCUGAUCCUUCUCGAUGAGACCAUCCAGGGAGACCCUCUGGACCUCAAAAUGUUUGAAGCCACCAACUGGGAAAUGGCUAUUUCUGGGGACAAUUUCCACAUCAAGGAAGUACCAGCACACGCCAUGGUAGUUAAGCCCAGCAAAACAGCCAGCCAGGUCCCAGUGGAAGGAAUUGCAAUCCUGCAUCAGUUCCCAUUCUCAUCAGCCCUGCAGAGGAUGACAGUCAUUGUCCAAGAGAUGGGGGGUGACCGGUUGGCAUUCAUGAAAGGUGCACCAGAGAAGGUCGCCAGCUUUUGUCAACCUGAGACAGUGCCAGCUAGUUUUGUUAGUGAACUUCAGAUUUACACAACACAGGGCUUCCGGGUCAUAGCACUGGCCUACAAAAAGCUGGAAAUGGACCACCACACCACUGCCUUGGCGAGGGACAAGGUAGAAGCAGACCUGAUAUUUCUGGGAUUGCUGAUCUUGGAGAAUCGAUUGAAGGAAGAGACAAAACCUGUCCUGGAAGAGCUCAUCUCAGCCCGGAUAAGGACAGUAAUGAUCACAGUGUUGCAUAUUGACAAUUACAUUAACAUCAGGGAAGAAGUCUCUGAAAAUACCAGAGAAGGAAGUUACCAUUUUGCCCUAAGUGGAAAAUCCUUUCAGGUUAUAAGUCAACAUUUCAGCAGCCUACUGCCAAAGAUACUGAUGAAUGGGACCAUCUUUGCAAGAAUGUCUCCUGGGCAGAAAUCCAGUCUGGUGGAAGAAUUUCAGAAACUGGAUUACUUUGUAGGUAUGUGCGGCGAUGGAGCCAAUGACUGUGGGGCUUUGAAAAUGGCUCACGUGGGCAUCUCUUUAUCAGAGCACGAGGCAUCUGUGGCCUCACCUUUCACUUCCAAAACUCCAAACAUUGCGUGUGUACCUCAACUUAUCAAGGAAGGACGCGCUGCCUUCGUUACCUCAUUUUGCAUGUUUAAGUACAUGGCUCUGUACAGCAUGAUUCAGUAUGUUGGUGUUCUGCUGCUCUACUGGGAGACCAACAGCCUGUCAAAUUACCAGUUUCUGUUCCAGGAUCUGGCCAUUACAACUCUUAUUGGUGCAACAAUGAAUUUGAAUGGUGCCUACCCCAAGCUAGUGCCUUUCAGACCUGUGGGAAGGCUGAUCUCCCCACCUUUGCUGCUCUCUGUGAUUUUCAACAUACUUCUCAGCCUGGCCAUGCAGACGGUGGGCUUCAUUCUGGUUCAGAGGCAGCCUUGGUACAACAUGGGAAUGUACAGUGCCUGCACAGUGCAAAAUAAAAGCAUUUCAAAUUUAACCAUGCCACCAACUGCUCCAGGAAAAGUUGAAAGUAAUGAUGGCUUCCCAAGUUUUGAGAACACAACUAUAUGGUUCUUGGGAACAAUCAACUGCAUUAUUGUGGCUCUUAUCUUCUCUAAAGGAAAACCAUUUAGGCAGCCGACCUAUAAAAACUAUAUAUUUGUCCUUGUGCUGAUUGUACAGCUGGCUGUGUGUCUAUUCAUCCUAUUUGCUGAUAUUCCAGAUUUAUAUAGGCGUUUGGAUUUGCUCUGCACUCCUGUCCUGUGGAGGGUCUGCAUUGUCAUUAUGCUCAGCUGCAAUUUCAUCGUGUCCCUUAUUGUGGAGGAGGCCAUUAUUGAAAACCGAGCCCUAUGGAUGAUAAUCAAAAGGUACUUUGGCUAUCAAUCAAAAAGCCAGUAUCGGAUAUGGCACCGGGCCUUGGCAAAUGACCCUACUUGGCCCCCACUGAACCAAAUGUCUCCCUCUGAUCUACCGGAGUGUGACAAGGAAGUGUCUUACAGCAACCCGGUAUUUGAGAGCAACGAGGAACAACUCUGAAGGCAAUGGGAUACUCAAGUUGAGAAAACAUAGAAACAAUGACAAAAGGGACCAGUUUCAGCGAUAUUUUUUAAGCAAUGAGACUCUUACAAUAUCUGCAGGAAUUUUUGGAAUCAAGCACCUAUUCAAUCGUGGUGACAAAUUAAAGUCUGUUUGAUAAAAUACUUUCUGCCGAGCAGAACUCUGCCCCAGGAGAGUGCCUUUUUCUUGGCCUCUGAAAGUAUUGGAUGUGUUCAGUGAAUUGAGACUGGGCCAAGGAUGGCGGUGGGCCAAGAGACUGGAAAGCUAAAGGAGAAGAUGUAUUCUUUCAUCUUAGAUAAUAUAUUUUUUAAAUGAGUUGAGGGAAAGUAGCACUAUGUAUAGUCAUAGAAUCAUAGCAUGUUAAAGAUCAGUUUUGAGUUCUUCUUUCAUUGAUGGAGAAACGAAUGUGUGGAAACCAUCACACAGUCUUCACUAUCUAGGUUCCUUCCCUUUGCAGUACUUUUCAGAUUUGAGACAUUUCUUUCUACUUCUGGCCUUCUCCAUGUAUUAGUAAGGAUUGCCUCCUAAGCUGAUGCUGCAGUAACAAACAACUCCCAUAUCUCAGUGACUUAACACACAAGAAGUUCUUUUUCUUGGUUCAGAUGACUCUUUAGAAGAGAGGUGACUGCUCCAAUCGGAUGGCUCCGUCCACCCAACACAAAGAUGCGAGAGGGAAGGAAGAGAAUGGAGAUCAAACAAGGGUUCUUCACUGCCUGACCCCACGAGUGGCACACAUCUCUUCCACCACUCACAUCUCAUUAACCGGGGGUAGCAGAGGAACUGGGGAGUACAGUCCCCUGUAUUUAGGGCUGGCUUCAUGGGCGUAUGACCUGUGCUGUCACACAGGACCCCUGCUUUGACAUGUGGGGCCCGCUCUUGGUUUAAUGCCCUGCUGUUGUCAUCUUAAAAUUAUUUGAAUAAAGGUUGUUACAUUUUCA